ACCUCUCAACAUGGAGACCUUUCACCUGUCAAUCUUAACCCCACCCUAAAUUCCUGCCAAAAUGACCUCCGGGAACUGGAUCCCAAUUCAAACCGCCCCACCAUUAAUCCGGCGCCACACGAGUCGCUACUACGUGAACCGGGUCCGAGAAAGCCUCCACAGCCGAAUCUCCAAACCAUCAUUGCCUUCAUUCUGUGGCUAGCUCUCCGGCCACACCGGCCUAGGAUUCAUAUCCGGGAUUUUUCUAUAUCGGGUCUGGCCAAUCAAAACGGGUACAUGAACACCACCGCGAUGUUCAAUAUCACGGCUCUAAACCCGAACCAGAAUAUUGGGAUUUACUACGAUGCCAUGCAGGUGAACCUAGAGUACAACUCUCAAACUAUUGGCACGGCCAAGUUGCUAUAUCCAUUUUUUGAGAGGCCACACAAUAUGACAGUGCUCUACGGCGUGUUCACCAGGGAAAUGCUGGCCGUGAAAAAGGAGCACUGGAAGCAAUUUCUUGCAGAUCGCGACCGGGGACCUGUGGCUUUUCAACUUAAGAUAACGUCCGUAAUCCGGUUUAAGUUGUUUUCUUGGCGUUCCAAGCGCCAUAAAAUGCAUUCCCUCUGUCAAGCCGGGGCGGACCGGGAGGGCUUGAUCUUACCUAGUUAUAAAAAUAAGAGGUGCAAUGCUUAUUUUACAUGA